AUAAUAAUGGUGAUCUCAAAACAUUGUGUAUUUCGUUCGGAGCUGGUGGCUAGGAGGAGCAAAACUAAUUGCCUUAAUUUUUCUAUUCAAUUCUGGUGGUUGUAGUAUUGUUUUGUGAUUUCUAAAUCGCAGGACUACUAAGGAUAACCAACCGUGAACUAACAACAGCUAAGUUAACCUAAAACAAGUGGAUUAACAAAAUCGACAGAGGCAAAAUGAAAAACUACCACGUAAUAGCUGUUUGGUGUUGUCUAGCCACCUUGGCCUCGUUUAGUUUGUCAUUGCCAGUUCUGGAUGCCAGUUCCGGCAUAGAUAAUGAGACAAUUGAAGCAUUACAAUCCAGUUUGAAUGACACACCCAAGAAUCUUUAUGUGGUUAAGGCUGUUGUCUAUGAAAUUGGAAUUCUCACCGAGGUUGGUGACAACGAUACCAGUUUUGAAUCCCAGGAACGUGUCGAUUUGACAUUCUACGAUACGCACACAAACAAAAGUCACAUUGAUUUGGGCAAUAUUCCACUUCCCAUCCAGACAAAUGUAACGGGUCAGGUUUUAACCGGAAUUGCACCAGUUAACAUUGGAGCAUUCAGCAGCCCUGCAGAAUUGCUGGAGUCCCUGCCGUUGACUGGCAGUAUCGUGAACAUCACACACAGCGACACGGCUUUUUAUAAGCUAACAAGGUCCAGUACCAAUGAGGAUGAAAAACCCAAAAUUAUCAAUGACGACGAUCUGGCCAGUUUGCCACAAGUUGCAUCGCUCUUCCCCUCCGGGGGCCUUCACUCAACAGGUUCUAAGACAAACACCGAUGAUGACGCAUCAAAUUCGUUAGAAGUUAACUGAGGAAAAUUUGUACAAUUUUACGUUUUUUCUAUAGAAUGUAGAGUUUAGAAAAAGACUGCAAAACAAACAAUUGGAUAAUAUUUUUAUUUAAAGCUACAACAAUAGGAGAAAUUGGCUGGUACAUGUUAGCUGAGCUAUACAUACAUAGGUAUUUUUUUUUGUUUUGUUUAUUUAAGAUGUAUACUGUAGAUCAGUAUACAUAAAUACACAUACCUACACAUAUGCAAAGAAAUAUAACAUUUUUACAAAAGUUAAAAAGAA